AUGGACUGCCGAUCGUACUGGUCAACUUUUCUGGACUCUGAUCACGCAUUGGUUCGUGCUAAGAUUUGCAUGCGUUUCGGAGGAUCACCUAAGCGCGCCCACUACCGACCGGACGUCGCAAAUCUACAAAACGCUGCAGUUUUAACCAGGUACCAAGCCUCACUGUCAACAUUGCUUGGCUCAACUAUUGACGGUGAUCUCGAUUCGCAGUGGGCGCAUAUCAAAGAUGCGUUAGUUUCCGCCAGUAUCGACACUUGUGAGUUACCCCGUCACCCACCGAAACAUUGGAUUUCCGCCGACUCCUUGUCGCUGAUGGACAGACGCCGCUUGAUCCCAUCGGAUUCGAGACACGUUGAAGAACGCCAAUACCUUGGUCGAGAGUUGCGCAGGAGUCUGCAAAUGGACCACGAAGCUUGGUGGUGUGAACGUGCUAGGGAGAUGGAGCUUGCUAGUCUCUGUGGUAAUACCAGGAAACUCUUCCAUCUCCUUCGAGUCACCGAAGGUGUUCGAUCUGGUAUAAGUGAAACAAUAUGCGAAGAGGAUGGCACCUUAAUCACCAAUCUUCAACGACGGGUGGAGCGAUGGGCCGAACAUUUUGGCUCGCAGUUUUGUUGGCCCCCAGCUCCAUCUGCUACCUCUGGCGCUCGCGCUGGGGCCGAGUGGUCUAUACCAACAGACCCUCCCUCUUCCCAGGAAAUCGAGCAGGAGCUCCGGCACCUGAAGCGUUAUAAAGCUCCCGGCCCUGAUGGUCUUCACCCAGCUCUAUUUAAAGAUGGUGGCGCAUCGCUGGUCCGUUUUGUUCUCGAAAACUUGGUCGAAAGAGAAGGUUCCAUCAUCUUGGGGCUAUCCCCAACACGCGAAUCGUUGCAGCGAGAAGAACAAGCUGGGUUUCGCCCUGGUCGCGGCUGCAUCGAUCAAAUCUUCACACUUCGCCAGAUCCUCGAGCUCCGCCAUGUGUAUCAGAGGCCAACGAUUGCUGUGUUCCUGAAUAUCCGUGCAGCCUUCGAUUCUGUCGAUCGUACAUUACUGUGGCAGUGCCUUCUGAGGAACGGUGUCCCCGAGAAGUUCGUCUCCAUACUGCGCGCUCUAUACAGUCUGACCUCGGGCAGGGUUAGGGCUUAUGGCAUGCUUUCGCCUACCUUUGUGGUCUCCAGUGGAGUUCGACAAGGAUGCCCUAUCUCUCCGUUCCUAUUCAACUUUGCCAUUGAGGAUGUCCUGAAGAACGCUCUGAGCGAUUCGUUGAACGCUGGCGUUGAGCUCCUCCCAGGUAGUCGAGUUGUUGAUUUGGAUUAUGCUGAUGAUAUCGUCUUGCUGGGUGACGAUCCACAGGUCGUCCAACUUGCAUUAAACCGCUUGACGAUUGAAGCAUCAAAAUAUGGUAUGUGCUUUUCGCCAUCCAAAUGCAAGGCUCUCCUUCAAGACUGGCAGGUGCCUCUGCCUGCACUCACGCUUGCUGGUGAGACACUGGAGGUUGUGGAGAGCUUUGUCUACUUGGGAAGUUGCAUCACUGCUGGCGGGGCUGUUGGAGACGAGAUUUCGAUGCGCAUCUCGAAAGCACGCCUCGCUUUUUCUAGGCUGAGGCAUUUGUGGCGUCACCACGACAUUCGUCACUCCAUCAAAGGGCGGGUCUAUUGUGCAACUGUUCGUGCUGUACUGUUGUACGGAUGCGAGACCUGGCCGAUUCGUAAAGAUGACUUGCGCAGGCUAUCCGUCUUCGAGCACCGCUGUCUGCGGUCCAUUGCCCGUGUGUGGUGGCAGCACCACGUAAGCAAUGUGGAAGUUAGACAGCGUGUCUUGGGACGUGGAAGCCACUCGCUCGAGGAGCUCAUCUCACUGCAUCAACUGCGGUGGUUGGGACACGUAUUGCGCAUGCCUGUCCAGCGUUACCCCCGUCGUGCGUUGUUUGCACUUGCUGGACAGGGCUGGAAGAGACGGCCUGGUGGACAGCCUACAACAUGGAGAAGCCGCAUGAAAAAGUUGACGAAACAAUUGGCCUCGGCCGGUUGUUGUCGACUACCUGGUUGGGGUCCGAGAGACGAGGAUACUUGCUGGUUGAAAACCUUGGAAGUUAUGGCUCAAGAUCGAUGUCAAUGGCGGACGUGUGCAUCAGUGUGUUGCGGUGUCCCUUCCUCCUCCCCCUAA